ACGAAGGGCAAUGUUGGAAUCAGAGAUUUAGAUUGCCGCGCCAUCUCCUCUAUUUUUCCCGCCAAAAUCAGUAAGCCAUAGGCACCGUCUUUCUACCGAUCCUCUCACUAACUGUAACAACUAACCAGAAAUCCAGUACCUAUGGACAUGGAUAUGGAUAUACCUGCACCAGAAGAGCUUGAAUGGCUCGAAGCUAACUCUCAUUUACCUGAAUACCACCUAGACCUGCCCUCACCCAAUUCCUACCUCUAUCCACCCGAAGAGGAAGGGCAAUCACCCCCUCAGUCACCAUCACCGCCAACUGAAAACCGCAAGCGCCCCAGAUCCGAUGUUCUUGAUUCGCCGAACCAUGAAGAGAUUUUCCCGUCCGAAGAGAAAAGGAGUAAAAUCAAUGAUGUUGAGCCAGAGGCUGACGAGGAUUGGCUCCGAUACUCACCGCCGGCGCAGGAGAAGAACGGUGGAGAAGAGGAGGAGAUAGUAGAAGUGGAGGAGGAGAGGGUUUUGUCGAGAUACGCGUCUCAAAUCGACGGCGAUUUUAUUCCGGUAACGGCACCAAGUGGUGGCGAUAGGGUUUAUGCUAAGAUAUGUAGAGUGGAGAGGGAAGAAAGAUCCAAGAAAUUGGAUGUGAGAUCGCAAUCAAAGGGUCUUACCGUGGAGCCUUUCAAUGUUCUUUUGCAAAGACUGGAGCAGGAGGCCUUCACCAAGGCAUUGCAAGCUAGUUCUGAAAGUCAAAGCGAUGUGGUUCUUACUGAAAUGCAUGUGGUGCAUGAACAACUUUGGGUCGACAAAUAUGCUCCUAAUUCAUUUACCGAGCUCCUUAGUGAUGAACAGACUAAUCGUGAGGUUCUCUUAUGGUUGAAGCAAUGGGAUUCUGGUGUUUUUGGAUCUGAAAUUAGGAGCACAUCAGAUGAUAUUCUGUCUGCCUUGAGACGCCAUUCUUCGGUUGCUCAACAUAAAAAAUCUUCUGAUUCAACUUUUCCUAGAAGGACCAAAGACAAUAGAUGGACUAAUGGAAAUUUUAGAAAUUCUAGGAACUUGGAUGAUGAAAAUGGUAACCUGAAAGGAAUUCAGGACUUAUGGAGCAAGAGGUCAAGGCUUACCAGUCCACCAGAACAGAAGAUUCUUUUACUUUGUGGUCCACCGGGGCUUGGAAAGACCACGCUUGCACAUGUAGCUGCUAAGCAUUGUGGAUAUCGAGUUGUGGAGGUUAAUGCUAGUGAUGAUAGAUCAUCAUCUACAAUUGAAUCUAAAAUCCUUGAUGUGGUUCAAAUGAAUUCUGUUAUGGCUGACUCCAAGCCCAAGUGUCUGGUGAUUGAUGAAAUAGAUGGAGCUCUUGGUGAUGGCAAAGGCGCUGUGGAGGUUAUCCUAAAGAUGGUGUCUGCUGAAAGGAGGUCAGAUACUGGAAAGGAAAAAGUUGCUAAAGGAGAGCAAUCUGGAAGGGCAUCCUCUAAAAAGGGGCGUAAAACCACGUCCCUUUCAAGACCUGUAAUUUGCAUAUGUAAUGAUCUGUAUGCACCUGUCUUGAGACCAUUACGUCAGAUAGCAAAGGUUCAUAUGUUUGUCCAACCAACUGUUAGUCGUGUGGUGAACAGGCUCAAAUAUAUAUGUAACAAGGAGGGAAUGAAAGUGAGUUCCAUUGCUCUUACUGUACUGGCGGAGUACACUGAAUGUGAUAUACGGUCGUGCUUGAACACUCUCCAGUUUCUCAACAAGAAGAAGGAAACUCUUAAUGUGCUGGAGAUUGGUUCUCAGGUGGUUGGUCGAAAGGACAUGUCGAAAAAUAUGUUUGACAUCUGGAAAGAGAUUUUCCAAAAGAGAAAAUUAAAGCGGGAGAGAAAAUCUAGCUAUGGUAGUAUGUCCAGUGAAUUUGACUUUUUGUAUUCCCUUGUAUCUAACCGUGGUGAUUAUGAUGUGAUUUUUGAUGGGAUUCAUGAGAAUAUCUUGCAGCUGCCUUAUCAUGAUCCACUGAUGCAAAAGACAGUCAAGUGCUUCAAUAGUCUUUGUGUUUCUGAUUUAAUACACCAAAAAAUUAUGCGUACACAGCAAAUGCACCUUCAUGCUUAUCAACCAGCUCUUGCAAUUAGUGUGCACCAUUGUGUCGCCCAGGUUCAAAAGCCAAACAUUGAGUGGCCAAAGUCUUAUCAAAGACACCGAACAUCAUUGAUGGAAAAGAUGGACAUUUUGAGGUCUUGGCAAAACAAAAUUCCACCAUGUAUUUCAAGGCAUUUGUCAAUUAAGUCCCUUGUUGAAGAUUCAAUUUCACCUUUAUUACAGAUUCUGUCACCUUCAACUCUAAGGCCGGUGGCGUCGCACUUGUUAUCACAAAAAGACAAGAAUGAUCUGGCUCAGUUAGUUAACAUGAUGGUGUCCUAUUCUAUAACAUACAAGAAUGUAAAAUCUGAUCAUCUUUCCUCUGACCAGGAACAUGAAGCAGCUUUAGAUGCCACAGCACUUUCUUUCGAUCCUCCCAUCUGUGACUUCAUCAACUUUAAGCAGGACUAUAAUUCCGGUCAUUAUGUACUUCCUUUAGCAGUGAAGCAAGUUUUGAUUCAUGAGGUUGAGAAGCAAAAGAUUUUGCAAGUAAGCAGAUCUCCACAUUUAACAGAUGGGUGCAAUAAAGAAAACCUUAACUUAGCAGAUAGAAUUAAUAGAGACUCACAAUCUGCCAACAAGAAGGCAUCCUUGUCUGAUGCUAAAAUUGGAAGUGGAAAGAAUACACUGAAUACAAAGCAAUGUAAUCCUAAUGGCACCACAAUACCAUCAAGCUUGGAUUGUGGAAGUGCAAUGUUAAAUGUGAAACUAAAAUCCUCAGGAAAACCAAAGAAGCCUUGUACUGGUUCUACCAGCUUCUUUGAUAGGUUUAGGAAAUCGAACGGUAAAGGCUCUCAGAAUACUGACACUGCUGUACAAAGUACAUCCACCUUAUUAAGAGAUUCACGUCCUCUGCUAUUUAAGUUUAAUGAGGGUUUUACAAAUGCUGUAAAAAGGCCUGUUCGGAUGCGUGAGUUUCUAUUAUGAUUAUUUGCACUGCUUGGAGCAAAUUGAGGGUGCCAUUUGUUCAUGCCAACACAGAUUCAUGUAUAAUAAUGCAUUUAUAUUCUUUGUUUUAACAUUAUUAAAGUUACAUGAAACAGUAUAUAGCUCAUAUGAUUAUAUAAUGCUGUUUAAACAUAUGCUAGUCUACUUGUAGAAACAAACAGUGACUCUGUAAAUUGAGGCGACUUAUCAGGUUUUAACGUGAUUCAAAGAGCCAAAUGUUUUGCUGUCUGCCUUGCCAGAGAUGCAAAAUCCAAAGAUUUAUUGAAUAAGAAUAGCUUGUUCA